UCCCUCACCACCAACCUCCUCGUCCUCCUCCUCCUUGGAUUCCAUCCACUCCUCCCGAGCAGCUUCUCAGUCGCUGCAGCCUCCGCUCCCUUGCUCUCCUCGAUCUCCGGGAUCCCCUCUGCGGGGAGCCUGUCUCGUCUCGUCUCAUCUCGUCGAUCUGAGGUAGCGGCGUGGUGGCUGGUGUGGUUCUUGGGUGCGGGAGGUUCGUGCUGGGCAAUGCGGGGCCGAACGCUGGCUGGGAUUAGGGUUCUUGUCUCGGAGAGUCGGAGCUUGGUUUAGCUGCUUUGGUUUUGGAGCGGGUGUGGUUUGAAUUUCGAGGCUGUUUUGUUGUUGGUUUUUUUAUGUUUCUUGGCUGGUUGGGUUCGAAAAGUUUUGAAUUUUUGGGCUGGAGGAUUUGAUUCUUCGGGGUGGUGAAACUUGGGGGCGGGAAUGGCGGCUUCCAUGGCCGGCGCGCCGAGGGUCCGAUCGCUGAACAUAGCGGCGCCGGAGGUGGAGACGGAGACGGACGCGGAUGCGAGGCCGGUGCUGGUGCCGGGAGGCAACAAGGCCAAGUCGGGCCCCGCGGCCGCCCGGAAGCCCUCCCCCAAGCCGCUGCGUAAGCCGGACCCGGCGGCGAGGACGCCGGAGAAACCCGCCGCCAAGGAGGACGAGGGCGCCAGGAAGAAUGCCGCUUCUGGCGGCGGCGGCGGCGUGGCCAAGGGCUCCUCCCCCUUGCCGUCGCCGAGGCGGGCGCCGUCGAGGAAGGCGCACGACGCGCUGGUCCACCUCAACCUGUCGCUCGACGCGUCUUGCUCCUCGGAGGCCUCUGUGGAGUCACUCCGCGGCCGUGCAAGGCUGGAGCGGAGCUGGUCUAGGCCCGCCGUGCCGAGGAGGGGGAAGACUCCGGUGAAGGUGGCCGCGGGGAAGGAUGCCGCCGUUGCGGAGGUUGUCACUCCGGCCACGCCUGAGGCUCUCCAAGGGAAGAGGAGAUGCGCGUGGGUAACUCCGACCACCGAUGCUUGCUAUGUCAUCUUCCAUGAUGAGGAGUGGGGUGUUCCAGUUCACGAUGACAAGAGAUUGUUUGAGCUGCUUGUACUGUCUUGUGCAUUGGCUGAGCUCACAUGGCCUGAAAUUCUUAAGAGGAGGCAACUAUUCAGGGAAAUUUUCGUGGACUUCGAUCCUGUUGCUACCUCUAAAAUAAACGAGAAGAAGCUUGUAGCACCAGGAAGCAUUGCCAACUCCCUUUUGUCAGAGCAAAAGCUUAGAGCAGUUGUCGAAAAUGCUCGUCAGAUUCUUAAGAUUGUAGAUGAAUUUGGAUCCUUUGAUCAGUACUGUUGGGGCUUUCUGAACCACAAGCCAAUAGUAAACAAAUUCCGAUAUCCAAGGCAAGUCCCUGUCAAGAGCCCCAAGGCAGAUAUGAUCAGCAAAGAUAUGGUCCGAAGAGGUUUCCGAGGCGUGGGCCCAACAGUCAUAUAUUCCUUCAUGCAGGCAGCAGGGCUGACCAAUGAUCACCUUGUCAGUUGCUUUCGGUUCAAAGAAUGCAAUGAAGCUCCAACUCUUUUCACGAGUGAUACCAACAAGGUAAAUGGGGAGGCAGAUCCAAGUGCAGAUGAACUGAGAGCAAAAAUCUGUAGCAAGGAGAUGGCUGCAAAAGCAGAGCUGUCGAGGACAAUCGAUACGCUUAUCAUUUCAUAGGGCAGUCAUGUGGUUACUGUUACCUGUAUUGCCCAUGUGUAGGUUGUGUGUGCUAGGCUAUCCUUGAAACGAGCUUAGGGAUCAAAAUGCUUGUGUAUAAAUCAUUUCUGUCAGUAAUGCAACUCAGUUUGUACAUUGCUACCAGAGAGAAGGAUGAUGAUGAUUACCAUUUUACUGGUUCAGAAACUGUGAAAGAUCGUCCUCAUCAGUUAAACAUUUUUGUCUCCUGAUUAUUGCUGUUUUAUGUAAGUUUUUCCUGCAUGGAUAAAUUUAUGUGAUACCAGAAUAUUAUGAUUUGGAAUUGCAAUGAACACAGC